GGCCGCGCUAGGACCCUUUAAAUAGGCUCCAGCGGCGGCUAGUGAGCUUGAGACCGGCUGCGUUCCCUGAGCUACUGCGCUGCGCAGUUAGCUUUUGGCAUUCGUAGAAGUGCCAUCGUAGCAGCACUAGCUUUCCUUUUAUGGCUGUAGGGGGUGGAGUCUCUCCACGAGCAAAUAUUUAAGUAUCAAACCAAGUCAGGAUGCCGAACUGGGGAGGAGGUAACAAGUGCGGUGCCUGUGGACGAACAGUCUACCAUGCUGAAGAGGUUCAGUGUGAUGGGAGGAGUUUCCACAGAUGCUGCUUUCUCUGCAUGGUUUGUCGGAAAAACUUAGACAGCACAACUGUAGCAAUUCAUGACGAUGAGGUUUACUGCAAGUCCUGCUAUGGAAAAAAGUAUGGUCCUAAAGGCUAUGGCUAUGGCCAAGGAGCAGGCACGCUCAACAUGGACAGAGGCGAGAGACUGGGCAUCAAGCAUGACAACACACCAUCUCCUCACCGACCUACAACAAGUCCAAAUACUUCAAAGUUCGCUCAGAAAUUUGGAGGUGCAGAGAAAUGCUCUAGAUGUGGUGAUUCAGUUUAUGCUGCUGAGAAAGUAAUAGGAGCUGGAAAGCCUUGGCACAAAAACUGUUUCCGAUGUGCUAAGUGUGGGAAGAGUCUAGAAUCCACAACCCUGACCGAGAAAGAAGGUGAAAUUUAUUGUAAAGGUAAGAUGAAGAAACAUGCAUGAACCAACUGCCUAUAGUUCAGAGUAACAUGCUCUCUAAAGACCAGAGAUGUUCAGUUCAGAUCUGGAGUCACUCUGGGGUGGGAAUCCUGUGCUGACAUAUGAUCAGGAUUCCUUCAUUUUGACAGGGUUGGGACACUUAGCACUGCAGUAUUGCUCAAAAUUGUUCUGCAACUGUGCAAUAUUACUUAGUGAUGUUCUGUUUGAGGCAUAGUUAAAUGGCUUUAAAUGCUCUAUUCUCCAGCAUCCUUCCAUAAAUGUUGCUUUGGAGCAAGCAGACUGCUGAGCAGUCCUGAGCAAUGAAGUCCAGUAACUUGCAGGCAUCCUAACAUGUCUUUCUG